AUGACGACUCCCAACGGCCCUCGAGUCGUCUUCCUAAUUGCCGUUUGUUGCUUGGUUCUUGGUGGCACUGUGUGUGCUUUGCCACGAGUUCCAUUCGUCGUCAACAAUGAUGUGAAUGCGACGAAGACGGAAGACAAGACCGAGGAGAAGAAUACAGUGGUUGAGGAGGAGAAGAAGACGUACACUGUUGGCGAUUCAGAAGGAUAUCAAGAGGCUUCUCGACUUCUCCAGAAGAGUCUGAACUUGUCUCUGGAUCCAUGUGAAGACUUCUUUGAGUACGCCUGUCGUUCUUGGGUCGACGCUCAUCCAAUUCCUGAUGAUCUCACUUCCUACUCACAAUUCACUGCCACUAGAGAAAAGGUUUUAGCCGAAAUGCGAAAGCUGUACGAGGACACAACUACGACUCCGACCUCCAAAUCGAUCGCUCUUGUCAAACAGAUCUACCACACUUGCAUUGACACUGAGAAACACAAUGCCGUUGGAGCACGUGAUCUGUUGGAGAAAAUCAAGACAUUCGGAUACUGGCCAAUGGUACACAACGAAAAAUGGCGCGAGGCCUCGUUCGAUCUCACAAAACUUCUUUCCAAUACGAUUCAGUCUCGUGACGUCUCCGUCUUUUUCGAUUAUGGACCAGCUGAGGAUUCUCGUAAUGUUUCUCGCCGUCUUUUGAGUUUUGAUCAAGGAAGUCUUGGAUUGGGAUACUCUACUCGUGACUACUAUUUGGAUGAGAAGAAAUACGAAAAGCAGAUGAAGGCGUACCGUAAGUACACCAUUGGAAAAGUUAGAUACUACACAGAAGACGCUGGAAUGACUGUAAACGAAACCAAAAUCGAAUCGGAUGUUGAUGAGAUUAUUGCAUUUGAGAAGCAGUGGGCAGCUAUCCUGGUGGCUGAGGAGAAUCGUCGUAACUACACGAAACUUUACAAUGUCAGACAUUUCAAUGAUCUCAAGGAGUAUAUGCCAAUUAUCGACUGGAAGAAACUUACCCUUUCCACAACUCCUUUCCUGGUCCACGCAUACAUGAAGACCAAUCCAAUCAUCAUUAUAUCUGAUGUAGAGUACCUUCAGAAGAUGAACACUCUCCUUCAAAACACUGAUCCACGAAUCGUCACAAACUACGUCUUGCUCCGUUGGGCUGGAUCAUGGAGUCAGGAAAUCGGUAAAAAGUAUGAAGACUUGCAACAAGAAUUCGCUUUCCAAAUGUACGGUCGCAAACAAAGACAACCACGUUGGAAGGAUUGUGUCAGCAGUGCUGGUGGAAAACUUAGCUAUGCUUCAGGAUCAAUGUACGUUCGCAAGUAUUUCGAUGCCAAAGCCAAGAGCACUACUCUCGACAUGAUCGCCGAUCUCCAAGAAGCCUUCCGCAACAUGAUGCAUGCCAAUGACUGGAUGGACGCCGAAACCAAGAAGUAUGCUUUGGAGAAAGGAGAUCAGAUGUUGAAGCAGAUUGGUUAUCCAGAUUUCAUUCUCAACGAUGAGAAACUGGAUGACUGGUACAAGGGAUUGGAUGGAGCACCAGAAGACACUUUCAGUCAACUUGUCGAGAAGAGCAUCCAAUGGCGCAACAACUUCUACUAUCGGCGUCUCUUGGAACCAGUCAAUAGACACGAAUUCAUUUCUAGUGCUGCUGUUGUUAACGCCUUCUACUCUCCUACCAGAAAUGCUAUCGCAUUCCCAGCUGGUAUUCUUCAACAACCAUUCUUCGACGCUCGUUUCCCGAAAGCUCUCAACUACGGUGGAAUUGGAGCUGUCAUUGGACACGAAAUCACUCACGGAUUUGAUGAUACUGGAAGACAAUUCGACAACGUUGGAAACCUUCGUGACUGGUGGGACAAUGCUACUUCUUCCAAAUUCACCGAACGAGCUCAAUGCAUUAUCGAACAGUAUGCUGAUGUAGAACUUCGUGGAACUGAUCUACGCAUCAAUGGAAAACUGACACAAGGAGAAAACAUUGCCGAUAAUGGUGGAAUCAAGCAAGCUUUCAAGGCCUACAAGUCAUUCCUUGAGAAACAUGGUGGUCAGGAGCCCCGUCUCCCUCAUUUCGAAUCCCUAUCCAGCGAACAACUCUUCUUUGUCGGAUACGCUCAAGUUUGGUGUGGAGCGAAGACACCAGAAACAAAGACAUUGUUGCUUCUUACUGAUCCUCACUCUCCAGAAACUGCCAGAGUAAACACCGUGCUUUCAAACCAGCCAGAAUUUGCCGAAGCCUUCAAAUGCCCAGCCGGCUCGCCAAUGAAUCCCACAAAGCGAUGCGUAGUGUGGUAA